AUGUUUGGAAAAGGUGUUUACUUUGCGGAUAUGUUCUCCAAAAGCAAAGGUUAUUCCUUUUUCUCAGAUUCCGUUUGCAAAGACGGUGUUUUACUAUUGUGCGAGGUAGCUUUGCGUGAAAUGGUUGAACUUGAAGUAGCAAACUAUAAUAUAAUGCUAAUGAAUUACCUCCUGGAAAGUUAA